AUGGUCUGUCUAUUUACACUGUUAGAUGGAAGGAUACAACGCGUGUCUCCGAAGGCUGCGUCGUUUGAGCUGGUGGACAUUCGAGAAGACAUGUUGCUCGCAAAGGUGUCCACGCCCGCAUCCCCUCCGGAGGUCGCCACAAGGGAUAUGAAAAGCACCAACCCCAUCUGGGAGACUGUCACGGGUACUCCGAUCAAAGAGGCCAGCAGUUGGGGGGUGCUACAGGUGGCUGUGCCAGAUG